CACUGCUUUCAUCCCAGGAACAGAAGCAAGGACUGCAAUGGAAACUAGAAGAAGACGAUGCUGGGGAGAGAGCCCUAAAGGAAAUCAAAUUUCACCUGGCUGAGAAGACCUGGGAUGAUUCAUGUACUCAGGCGGGUAAGAAAUUAAGAGGCCUUGGGCAUGGGUUCAACUCUAUCUAAAUAAACUUUUUCCUUUUAUUUAUAAACUAUAGUUAAGUGGCCUCUAGUCCAAAUAGGAACAUGGCUGACCCUCAGGACAACACCCUGAGGAUCGUUCUGGUGGGGAAAACGGGAAGUGGCAAGAGUGCAACAGCAAACACCAUCCUUGGGAAAGAAGUAUUUCCUUCCAGAAUUGCUGCCCAGGCCGUCACCCAGCACUGUCAGAAAGCAUCGCGGGAGUGGAAGGGGAGGAACCUUCUUGUUGUGGACACCCCAGGGCUCUUCGACACCAAGGAGACCCUGAAAACCAUGUGCAAGGAAAUCAGCCAGUGCGUCAUCUCCUCCUGCCCCGGGCCCCACGCCAUCAUCAUGGUUCUGCAGCUGGGCCGCUACACGCCAGAAGAGCAGAAAACCGUGGCCCUGAUCAAGAGCGUCUUCGGCAGGCCAGCCAUGAAGCACAUGGUCAUCUUGUUCACCCGCAAAGAUGAUUUGGGGGAUCAGAGCCUGAGUGCCUUUAUAGCAGGUGGGGACGUGAAGCUAAGGAGCAUCCUCAAGGAGUGCGGGAACCGCUUCUGUGCCUUCAGCAACAGGGCAGGCGACGCUGAGAAGGAAGCUCAAGUGCAGGAGCUGGUGGAGCUGAUAGAGAAAACGGUGCAGAGCAACGGAGGGGCUUACUUCUCUGACGCCAUCUACAAGCACGUGGAGGAGAGGCUGAAACGCCAGGCUGAAGACCUGAAGAAAAUCUACGCUGAACACUUAGAAGAAGAACUGAAACUAGUAGAAAAGGAAUAUGUUCAUAAAUCAGAGGAAAAGCAGAAAAAAAUAAAAUUGCUGAAGGAGUACCAUGCUGAACAAAUAAAAAAUAUAAGGGAGGAAGCUGAGAAGAAUAUAUUUGGAGACGUUUUGAAUAAGAUUAUGCAGGUACUUUCACGAGUAUGGGCUAGGUUUUGGCAGUAAUGUAAAUCUUGUUAUUGAAAGGGCAAGCUCCCAGAUUCUAUUUCAGCCAAUUGGGACCCGGAUCCUACCUCAGCCAAUCGGGACCCGGAUCCUAUUUCACCCAAUCGGAGCUUGGUCUCUCUCCUCUCCAGUCAGCAAAGA